AUUUUUGUCAGCUAAAUAAGUAGUAAAUUUUUUUAUUAAAAAUGUCGAAUAUUGAUAAAAAUAUUCGAAAAAAUAUUUUAAAUAAGGAACUUAACGAAGAAUGGCUCCUUAUUAAUUUUCAGAUUUGGAUAAAUAUUGAUAUUAAUUCAAUAACUGGAAAUUGCAAUAAAGGGUUUAAACAUGAUUCCAUAAUUUGCUGUAACGAAAGCCACACGUGCAGAACAGGUAGCCUAAUAUUAAAUUAUUAUAUACCUAUUUAUAUUUUUUUUAUUUCUGAAAUUUACAAAUUUCUAGAAAAAAGUGAAGUUCAAAAUGUCAGAGUUAUUUUACCCAAGCGCUUACAUGUUUCAAACAUUCCAUUUCGUUUUCGUGAUUAUGAACUUCGCAAGUUAUUCGCAAGUUUUGGAGAGAUAUGCGAAACUGAAAUUAUUUUCAAUGAUCGUGGCAGCAAAGGUUUUGGAUUCAUAACAUUUUCGAAAUGGACGGAAGCAGAGAGAGCAAGGUUACAUUUAGAUGGCAUGGAAAUUGAGGGACGACAAAUUGAAGUCAACAUCGCAACUAUAAAAAAUUUUAAGUUAUAUCGGUUAAUCAGGAAUAAAAAAUUCUAGUUAUUUUCAUUUUAAUAAACUAGCAAAUUAGUUUACAGAAAAAAUAUUUUAACAAAACAUACUAAAGUUCAAUAAUU